AGACUUUAAGAGCUACGGAGGCCGGUAGCAGCCCGCUCAGAACACAGAGGCUCAGAAAAGCCAUGGCCUUUAGCACCAAGAAGAUGUGGGAGGAAGCCACCUGCUCCAUCUGCCUAACCCUGAUGGCUAACCCAAUGAGCAUCAGCUGUGGACACAGCUACUGCCACUUGUGCAUCACAAAUUUCCUCGAGAACAUGAGACAAAAGAAUCCAUGGGUGCAUACGUUCUCCUGUCCCCAGUGUCGGGCCCCAUUUGAUGCUUCGAGCCUCCGGCCCAACAGACAGCUGGGAAGCAUCACUGAAACCCUCAAGGAGAUGGACAAUGAAAUGUUGUGUAAGGAGCACGGAGAGCAGCUGCACCUGUUCUGCAAAGACGAGGGCCAGCUCAUCUGCUGGCGCUGUGAGCGCACACUGCAGCACAAAGGGCACAGCACAGCGCUCGUAGAAGAUGUGUGCCAGGACUACAAGGAAAAGCUCCAGGAAGCUGUAACAAAAUUGAAGGAACUUGAAGGAAACUGUGUGCCUCUGAAGAUGUUUGCAACAAUGCAAAUAGAUCAAUGGAAGGAAAUGAUACAGGUUCAGAGACAAAAAAUCCAGUCUGACUUUAGGAAUCUCCAAAGAUUCCUGCAUGAAGAGGAGAAGUUUUAUCUCUGGAGGCUGGAGAAAGAAGAAGAGCAGAUGCUGAGGAGACUGAGGGAGACCGAGGCCAACCUGGAGCAGAAGAGCCAUGAACUCAAGAGCCACAUUCUAAAACUGGAGGAAAAAUGUCAGGGCUCAGCCCAGAAAUUGCUACAGGAUGUGAAGGACACUUUGAGCAGGAGUUGGGCGGUGAAACUGGAAACACCAAAGGCCUUUUCCUUGGAGAUUCAUGCUACGUGCAACGUUUCUGAGCUUUACUUUGAUGUGAGGAAAUUGUUAAGGCGCUAUCAAGUCAGUGUGACUCUGGAUCCAGAUACUGCUCAUCAUGAAUUAAUUCUGUCUGAAGAUCGGAGACAGGUGACUCUUGGAUGCCCCCAGCAGAAUCUCGAUGCUUCUUUUAGGAGAUUUACGGCCUUCCCCUCUGUCCUGGGCUGUGAGGGCUUCACCUCAGGAAGACAGUACUUCGAAGUGGAUGUUGGAGAAGGAACUAGUUGGGGUGUAGGAGUUUGUAGGGAAAAUGUGCAGAGAGGUGUUGGCAUGAAGCAGAAGCCUCAGUCUGGAUUCUGGACCAUCAGGCUGAGCAGUAGGGAAGGCUAUGUAGCACUUACGUCUCCCCCAACUUCCCUUCAGCUCAGUGAGCAGCCCCUGGUUGUGGGAGUUUUUCUGGACUAUGAGGCCGGAAUUGUAUCCUUUUACAACAUGACUACUGGCUCUCACAUUUUCACCUUCCCGAAGACCUCCUUCUCUGAUACUCUCCGGCCCUAUUUCCAGGUUUAUCAGUUUUCUCCCUUGUUCCUACCUUCCCCGGAUGAGUAAGAAAAAGGAACAAAUUCUCCUUCUUGGUUUAGCCAGCACAGAGAAUAUAACGUAAAUCCUAUAAGAACAGAAAUUUGGUAUGUUACCUUCACUGCUAUUUCUUUAGUACCUAGAACAUGCUGGGCUUUUAGUGGAUACUUAAUCAAUCUGCAUUAAGUGAAGGGAUCUAAAGACUGAAAAUACCACAGGUGGUCUCCCUGAACUGGGGGAAAGCAAGAUAACAGAGAUGAUUGUACAUUGUCCUCUCUACCCCUCUUCAGUGGAUUCAGGGUUUUGAUUUCCAAGGGUUGUUGAGCGAUAAGUAGGAUGACCCAGAAGUCAGGAGGUCUGUGUUCUUCCAGUUUGUUUGAUGCCAUUUGAACUCCUGUGCGGGGGAUGAGGGAAAGCUGCAAUUGCAUAAAAGAGCAAGAAAAUCAAAAAGCAGUGACUAUUUCAGCCACCUAUAGGUUUAUUAAUAAUCUAAGCUGCAGUCCUGGGAGCUGCCAGGCCUAGUGAACUCUGCUUGGGAAAUAACCAAGUGAAGUGUGAGAGAAGAGACUGGCUUACAAUGAGAUGCUUCAAAUGGAAAGGGGAUUAUGAGUAGAAACAAAUUUUGAUGAGGGACUCAGUUCUAAAAAAGUUGAUAUUUUCCAUAACUGUAUUAGAGCCAGUUAUCUUGAAAUAUUUUUAAAUCUCAGUAAAUAGUUAUUGCUGGAAUGAUUGUUGGCAAUCUUCAUUAUGAGUCAGAUAUGAUCAGAUAGGCCUUAACUUUGUACAUGGGUUUAUUCUGAAAAGUAAAUUCCUGUCAAACCUAAAUUAAUCAUACCCAAGCGAGCUAAUGACAGGACCAUAGUGAAGUCAGCCAAACACAAACAACAUUAAUGAUAACAAAAAAAGUCAAAAAAUUGCCAAAUAUUAUAAUUUAUUAUUGAUAUAAAAAUUGGUGUUUGCUGAUGUUUGAGGUGCUCUGACAUCAUCUCUUUAAGAGUAGGGGAAAUGAAGCAAGAGUUGUUUCUGGAUGUUACAGGUAUGGUUGGGCCUCCAUCUCUACCCAAAGGAAGACACAGAAGAGGUCAGACCAUUGUCCAUGCUCCCCAGCAAGAGAAGUUCUAGUCAUGCUGACAGAUACUAGGUUGUAACUAGCAAGUAGUAUAUGCUACCCCAAAUAUGCCACUUGGGCAUAAGGAUUAUUUUGAGCUGAAGACAAAUGAGAAAAAACAUAUGCAAGAGCAGCUCCCUGCUUUUCCCCCUGUUGUUGCCUAACAAGAAGACAUAUAUUUGUAAAGGAGUCCCCUCUACCUCCCACCAGGAAGGACAGAAGUUAAUCAAUCAAAGCUUGUAAAAACUAGCCCUUAUCUAUCAUUAGUUUCCCUAUAUAUUUGCCUUUCUGCAAUUUGCCACCCUAGAAACUCAAAGUCUUUGUCCUUGGCAUUGUAAAUUCUCUAAAAAUUUAUUGUUCUUUUGUUAAAAUGCUACAUUAACUCAAGUUCUAACCAUUCCUUUGAGUAAUUCAUCUCUGAGUACUCCCAUGUGUAUGAAUGGUGCACGUUAAUAAACUUAUAUUUUUCUCUUGUUAA